UGAAGUUUAUGCUGACAUAACUGCUAGGAUGUGUGUACCUCUGGUGGUUUUUCUCAGCUCCAUUGUGCUUCACUCUGUGUCAGCUGGAGGUGUGUAUUGUGCUAAAACAGCAAGAGCCCGUGCAGCUGCCUUGGGUUUGGAUUAUCCUGGAGUCCAUGGAGCCCCUGAUCUCUAUGGACCAGCUCACCAUGGGAUGCAGCGCGACACAAUGCCAUUCAGACGUCAACCUUACAAUAACAAUGGGCGUGAAUUGGCUGAGACUGAACUUAACAUGGCCUCCUACGGAGAAAAUCAACCAGGAGUGAGAUCCCUAGAUGACAGAAUACAUAAACAAGCUAGCCCCAGGAGUUCUGAAUCUGCAUUUGUACUGAGCCACGGCUUGACAAGUCCAGUUCAAAGUGAAUACACCACCAACCAAGUGCUUAGACUUCCCAGAGGACAAUCAGUUAUUAACCGCAAGUCCAAUCUUGAAGAGGUCAAGCACAUUGCCCCUCCAACUCUGGCUGAAGCCCCAGGCCAGUCUGACCUUGUGAAUUGGGAUCCUCAAGGUCGCAACAAACCGCUCUCAUUUGUCUACAAUGAGAAUGACCUUGUUGUUGACGAGUCUGUCCCAAAUAGACGUGGCAUGUCUCUGAGAGGGCUCCCCCCGCCCCAAAGCUGGGGUCAUGGCACCUACCGGAGGGGUCUAACAGGGUAUGGCCUGGGAAGAGAAGUUCCUGUCCUUGGCUCAUCGGCCUUCUCCAACAAAGACCACGUCAGAGCAAUGACUAGCCGAGGUCCUGCUGAUGGCAGACUGAGAAGGAUUAGUUUCCCUGGCCAUCUUGCUCAGCCCCUGCACAGAAGCCUCAAUGUCAAACAGUUUGUUCAAGAUGUUACCAGAGUGCCAUCUGUUGGUCCUAAUGGGUAGAUAUCAUUUUGGCUCACAUUGUUGUACACAGGUGCUGCUUAACAGAAGGAGAGCAGGAACUAGCAGCACAGGUGGAUUUUCUCCGGAAGUUUAAUUGAAGAAACGCUUCAUAUGUCAAUCCUUGGCUUUGAUUCCUCACUGAAAGACAUUUGAGUGUGUGGGAUGGUAGGCGAGUAAGGUUACCCAAUGAUUGACCCAUAAAUCAAUCAAUCAAUCAAUCAAUCAGGAGCCAGAAAGCGAGUUGGUUAUGAGCCAUACAUCACACAGGAUGUAACAUUGGGUAGAAAAAGGCUACUAUUCAGCAGCAACAAACAGCCAGUUUGACACCAGGAGACCACAUAUUUAGUGGCAUGACACCAACUUCAAAACCUAGAAGCAGAGUAUAUUUUGCACAAAUUAUUUUGAUCUCAAGAGAUAUCAACCACAAAGUGAAGAGAAAAAUACUUCUGCUUUGAUUUGUUUCUAUCGUCACUGUUAUAAUAAUAGCAUAUGAUGUU